UUCUGUUAUCAAAAUUGCCAUGAAAACAAAUAGAAUACACUAUAGCAAAAUUCCUGACAGAUUGUAACUCAUCUUUCAAAGAAAUACUCGUUAUCAUCAAUAAACAUGGAUAUAAACAGUUUGGUCCAUACAUUAGAUACCUGUGGCCAAAUGGGAUUAAUACUCUCCACUGAAGAGAGUCUAGUCCUCCACAAUUCCCUCCUUUUGUUACAAAACGAAAACCAUUUCAGAAAAAUAUUCUUCUGGGGAAAGAUUUUCGGUGAAGAGCAAGAUUAUUACAUAGCUUAUGGUUACCAGAAAGAUGCUCUGUUAGGUAACACUUUUUAUUAUUCUAAGAACUGUACCGAUUGGGGACUGUUACCACCAGCAUCUGAAGCAGCUAAACUUCUAACACCUUUCUGCGCAACAAAAUUUCAAGGAGAUCCAUCUGUCGUGGUAGAUAUCCUCGUCGAAGACGAUGAGAUUACUAUUCCUGAAAAAGAACGCAAACCAAAGAUUCGUCCACUCAAAGAAGAAGACCGUCUCGCUGCUACUGUUUAUUAUAUUAACUUCGAAGCAGUUGUAAUUCCAAGAGGUGUGUUAUUCAAACGAGAAGAUGGCGUCGUUGUCGAAAAUCUCAGUUUCCAAGGCUUGGAUGAUCUGGAAUCACUUGAAGUGAAAACAUUUCUACAUUUUCGCAAACCAGAGCAGAAGUGGAAUAAGAAUUUGUUAACAAGAAAUGAUUAUAAUUACGCGAUUGACUUUUUGGAUUCCGCAGGUGAUGAUGUACCUGAAGGAUGUUUUGCUGUGCAAACAUCUCCAGGGGGCACGUAUGUUAUUGUUAAGUCACUCUAUUGGCCAGGGUUUAUGCUGUGGCAUCGGUUGAAAACUCCUGAAUAUGGAUUUGUUUAUUUUGGGCACGGAAAGAAAUGUUUUGAUGUACCUUUUAUGGUACAGGCACUUUAAAAUCAAAUAUGUUACUUUUUACAGCUAAGUUUUAAAAUAACGAAGUUAUAGGUACAAUUUUGUGCAAAUAUUGCCUAUCAAGUUAGGCAACUUUAUGUACACUAAACUUUGUUUUCCUCUUAUCUCUUCACUUAAUCGUGAACUAAAGAAAGAAAUCGAUGUUCGCUGACAUUUUUUAUUGUUCAAUACUUGUAGAUCAACUCCAAACAUAAUUUAAUGACGUGUACAAAAUGAUACACUCAUUGAUACCAAUAAACUAAUAAUUUUAAUCCAAA